AAUUUCACAAUCAUAUUUUAAUUAGAAAUAUAACGAAUGAGGUGGUAUAUAAAUAAAAACGAAAUGAGGACAUUGUCCGAGUUACAACUGCAAACUAUCAAUAAUAUGCAUUAACCUACAUAUUCAUGUAACUUGCAAUUUUCUAUUUAACAUUAAAUCGAUAUAUAUCGAUAUAUUACUAUUGGCAGUAAUGUAUCACACAGAUGCGAUAGGUUUACUUUAUCUCUAAUUAAAAUCGAUUACAAAAUUUUAUCUAUCUAACCUAAUAUGCACGAUGUUAAAGUUGACGUCGAAUACUGUGAAAACAGUAGCUGUAAACAACAAUUUUUAGAUAUGCUAAAUGCAAUAGAGAAGAAUGUACCUACAGCCAAAGUGUCUGGAACUGAAGGAAAAGAAGAAUCUUUUGAAAUCAAGAUAAAUGAUCAAUUAGUUUAUUCAAGACUUCAGACAUUAGCAUUUCCUGACUAUGAAGCGGUAUGUGAAACAAUCAAAGAUGCAUCCAACGGUGGACCUGUAAAAAAAGUUACCAAACAACAACCUAUAGAAUGUGUAAUAUCAUGAUCUUUGUUUAAAUAUGUCAGGUAGAGUAAAAUAUAUUAUUUAUAUGAAUA